AUGCUUACUCUGCCAAAUGGAGUACGUCUCUCAUUUGGUAACAUCAUCGCAAUGGCAGGAGACUACUAUGGCAAACCUGAUGCGCCCAUAAUAAACCAUUUAUGUCCGGAGAAGAUCGAUGAUGGGGCUCUUCAAAGAUUCAAGAAUGCUUACAACGAUUUGGCGGUUACUCCAAAUGAGGGAAAAUAUAAGGUUCGAUUUACUGUAAAAGUUAGGGCUAUAAACCAGUAUUUAUUGUGCAGCUAAGUUGGACGGCAUGUUGCCCAAACGCGAAUAUGUUAAAGCGCAAGGAUCUCUGAUGGUAAUUUUAUUACCAAUAUCUGAAUACAAAUUGGUUUCUGAAUGCAAAUCUCGAUCUCAUGCAUGCAGAACUAACAUAAACGAUUCACAAUAUUUUCUCGUGGUCCCUCCCUGAUACCGUUAGAAAGGCAGAGACAUUAAGUUCCUUCAGGAAUAGAAUGAUGAAAUACUUAUUUGAUUCAUGAUCUUAUUGAUGCGCAUAAGUUUCUAUUGCUUGAUCAGAUAUACAUUAAUAUUCCCAUAUAUUUAAUUCAAUUUAAAGUUUAAAGGAGACAUCCUCUUCAUAUGGUUUCUGGGUGACUCCUUGCCACUGACAUCAUGAAUCAAUACCUAUAUUUACUAUACCUUUGUACUCUAUACAUAGUUAUUUAUGUUCUUGAAUUAUGUAAAUGGUGUUGGUGGCGAAUUAAAUUAUUGUUAUUAUUAUUAUUAGUAUUAUUAUUAUUAAGUUGCGAGGAAGAACGAAAUGUACUCUUCCUCAUAAUUAAUAUAGCUCUGUCGACUUACACUGGCAGACACUAGUGUAAGAGCAAGAGGUGUAAGAACAAGUGCGCACAUCUGCAACCGAUGUAAUUGCAUCAUUAAAGUUUCAAUCGACCGGAACCAUUAAGGGUGGGGAACCACAUGACAUGUGAGAAAAAAUUAAAGUUGUUUAAUUAAAUCGCGGUUUUAUAUAUUGUCCAAAUGCGCAUCAUGGCGUCAGCCUUCUAUGGGCCGAAACAAGUCGACAAUCAGGCCGUUAGGCGCAAUUACUGUCUAGAUAUGGAAAGAUGAGAUUAAGAUUUACAUAAUAAAUUUAAAGUGCCCUAUGCGAGAAUUUUUUUAUGAUUGAAUUGCAAAGUUAAUUUAAAAUCAUAAUGUAACUUUUUUUCUAAAACUUUGUUAUCUUUCUUGUAUUGACUUAAAUGACGUCACACGGCAUAAUGUGUUUUACAGAAGACUGUUUUUAGCUUGAUAAAAAUUGUCAUUAACUCAAAUUUUCAGACGAGAUGAUAGUUUUGAUACUUCUUAUUAAAGUAUAUGAUUUUAAAUGUCAGUGGAAUUAUCACAUGUUUGGCAAGGAAACGUUUUCUUUCUAAAAACUCAUUAUGCAGUGUGACGUCAUUUAAGCCACAUUUGCAUAUCGAACAAAGUUGAAAAUCUUGACAUACAGGAAAGAUAACAAAGUUUUAGAAAAUAGGUUACAUUAUGAUUUUAAAUGAACUUUGCAAUUCAAUCAUAAAAAAAUUCUUGCAUAGGCACUUUAAUAGUCAUUCUUUUUCCCCUAAAUUCCUUUUUGCACCCCAUGUAGUUUUUUGCAGUUAAUAAUUAAACUAAACUAGCUUGGUUUUAGCCACACCUGAAACUUAAAACAGUCGUACAUAACAUUUUGAUUUCGCACUGAUCUGGAUAUGGGACGGGCAGUUCCGUCAUUGAACCCUCAACUUUGGCGCAGUGGAGUUCCUUUUUGGUGUAUGGGAUUUGAAAAAACAACUGGAUCUAUCCAUACUAAGUUCAGAGAAGUGAUCAUGAUUCAACAGUGUAUAAAUGUUAUUUAAAACCUAAAAUAUAAGAGAUUUAUUUCUAUAUAGAACAGUGCACUGAUGUGGUUAAAUAUUUUAUAGCAUAGUGUAUUUCCUGCAGAAAACACGAAAAGCAAAAAAUAUUUAUUUUUAUAUAACUUCCAAGAACUCAACAUACCAAGUUAAAUAUUAUGCUAAGUAUGUAUAUAUAUGCAAGACCACUGUCACCGCGUGUUGGCCAGCGGAGGCUCUAGAGUACGUUCAAUAAGUCGCCUGACGUAUGUUUUGGCAAAGAAAUAAUUAAUUUUUUCUCGAAAUUUGAAAAAUUAAUUACCUUUGCGUUUAUAAUAGCUAACAGCGGUAAAACGCAAGAGUCUCGCAGAAUCGAGUCGUCUAUUAUGCUUAUUAAAUUAGUCAAGAGACCAUUUAGAAUGACUGAUCUGGACUGAUAUUUGGGGUAGAUCUGGACUGAUAUUUGCGCCUUCUUAAGGGAGUCAUUAUUAGUCCAUUUCCUUCAAUUUGUUUGGUUGAUUUGAAAGUAUUGACAAUUCCUAUAGGUAGCUAGAUUUUUUGGACUGAUUUGGUCUGGGAGUAUAAGUCCUUCGAAAUUGCGAAAUUCAUGCAAAGCAGUCUUUCUACUUUUAAUCUUGUAUUCCUGUAUGUGCAGGCUUUUCAUAGCUACGAUAUCGAGUAUUUAUCGGUACGCAGCCGUUCGAAAUGCUAUUAUACGAAACGAUUUAACGGCUCUUAAUAUCAAUUGUCUCUCAAUGAGGAUUAUCGUGGGGCAGCGAAGAUAUCAAGCGAGCAGCUAUCAUAAUGUUGUUCAACAACAAAAAGGAAAGUUGUCCAAAAGGAAAGUGUACGUUGUCACCAGGUGGUGACGUCAUUAUCACGUCAUCAUUAGCCAAAUUCUCCAAUUUCUAUAAUAUGAACAAAUAUUUCUAAUGUAUAUAGCUAAAACCAUUGUUUUGCAAUGUUUCAUUAAUUUCGAUAAUGAAGUGGAACAACUAGAGUUAAGAUUAAUAAGUGUGAAAAGGAAGAUUUGUCGAGAAUAUAUGUGAUUAUCAUAACAUAUAUCAUAAGAAAUUUUGUGGACUUUUAUUGAAAAUGUUUAUUAAACUUUAUUUGGAAAAUUAUUGCAUCAAUUGAUCAUUUGAAGUAUUCUGCGCAUGUUAUUGGAGAGGGACUUCUCCAAAGGAUUGACUUACAACUAUACACAAAACAGCACACGCAUUAUAUGCGUGCACACACUUAAUAUACAAUAUUUCACGGCAUGGUUUACUUUCCAGGCCCCGUUGAAGAUAUAUAAGAAAUCCAUUAAAUAAAUAAUGCUUACAAGUAAGUCACAAACGAGAGAUCCCAGACGCAUGUAGAGGUCCUAUUACCUACAGCAUCCCAAAAUUAAAAUAAAUCAGAAAUAAAUCACGUAAAAAUUAAACAAAAGUCAGAAAGUAACGAAAUACUCGCCACAAAUUGAAAAUAACGAAGUAAAACGUUUCUUCUUAAAACGACUUUGUUCCAAGUAAAGUACUCCAGAAAAAAUACUUUGUUACAUGCUGACUUCUCAAAAAUAGUACUCAAGUACAGUCACGUAGUACAUUUACUUCGUUACUUGACAUCACUGGUUGUAGCCCCCAAUCAUUUUUUAAUCUGGCAAAUCUUAUUUAAUAAAUACGGUGUAUUUUGAGCUUUUUGAGCGUUUUAAUCGUCGCAAAUAUUGUGCUGCAAAUUAUUUUAUCGCUGUCGACGAUAAUUUAUCAAAAGUAGCUAUUCAUUAUCUAUUAAUUAUUGUAUUUUAAAGUAUUAAUUAUGGUAUUUUAAAAUAUUGUGAAGAAAUAAAAAUAUCAUCUGAUGACAACACAAUUAUUUUCAAAGGAGCGACUAGACAAACUGCUAAAAUUGCUGGCUGAAGAUGAGCAAAACGCAGAAAAGCCAGGAAAAUGUUUCCACAGCGAUAAAGAAUGGGAUGGUGCCACAGGUGGCGUAUGGGUAGCUGGGAUACCAAUCAUUCCAGGCACUUUGUUGAAACUUGCUGAACAUAAUUACGAUCAUUUUGCGCCUCAGGCCAAAACAGCCUACGUUGUUGGACAUGGAUAUGCAAUUGAGAGAGGUCGUGAAGCAG